AUGUACCAGAGUAGAGGUCAACUAUUCUUUGUCUAUGGUAGUGGUGGCACAGGGAAGACAUAUCUUUGGAGAGCUUUAAUAUCCAAGCUUCGCUCUGAAGAACAAAUUGUACUUGCAGUGGCAUCAUCAGGACUAGAAGCUUUAGUACUUCCUUCUGGCAGAACUGCCCAUUCAAGGCAUGGCUUUGAAGCACUUGACCGGACUUUUCGAUAUGUUAUGCAGCUUCAUGACCAAUCGUCAAUGGACAAAGUUUUUGGAGGCAAGGUAGUAGUCUUAGGAGGAGAUUUUCGGCAAAUACUACCUGUUGUUCCAAAGGGAGGACGAGUAGAAAUUGUAGAUGCAUCUGUGAGCAAAUCCAAAACCAUAUGGCCAGAGUGCAUUGUCCACACACUAAGGAAAAAUAUGCGGAUAAAGUGGUCAAACCUAGACCAAGUCGAUAUAGAGAGAUCAGAGUUCAGCAAAUGGGUACUAGAUAAGGGAAAUGGGUAUAUUCCAGCAACAACAAAAGAAGGCGAGGAGGAACCGACAUGGAUAGAAAUACCAAAGAACUUACUUAUAAAUGGAGCCGAUCCUAUUGCUGCAUUGGUUGAAGAGGUGUACCCGAAAAUUUUGCACAGUUACAUGGACCCAAAGUACCUCCAACAACGGGCCAUACUUGCUCCAAAAAAUGAAACAGUUGACAACAUCAAUGGAUAA